AUGGACUACAAGAAAACACACCGUCAGAGUAGAGCCCCGUGGCUGCACGGUGGCCCCACAAAGACCCACAAUCCCUACGCAAACUCCCAGCAGACAGCACCAGGCCAGGACCAUGACCUGAACCUCCUUCUGUUGCCCAAUCCCUACGGUGCAAUUGCUGCUCCAGGUGCCACCAGCCGUAAAAACACCAGAAGGUUGAGUAUUCACGCCUCGGCUUCUGCCCAGCAGCAUGGACGCUCUUUCUCGCUGACUACCGGCUUCGAUAUCUCCAACCUUCCCCCAGUUCCACACUUGCACAAGACUACCACCAAUGCCUCGGAUCUGGCCCUGGUAGACGAAAAGGACGAAUUUGCGAACAUCGAGGCCAAAAUCUUCAGGGACUUGUCACAGGGAACAGCUUCGGAAAUUGACGACUACUACAAGCUCUUGGUUAAACAGAACACCGUCAUCACUCGAGACAUCAAGUCCAAUAUCAACCAGAACCAGAAAAAUAUCUUGCAAUUGACCAACGACUUGAAGGAAACCCAGGAGGAAUUGCUCCAGUUGCGUGUAUCCACAAAGGAGUUAUACGAGGUCUUGGAUGACUUUCGCGAGUCGGCCCAGAGAAGACUCGACCUCGAGAGUCCAGAUGCCAGCUCCCAGCAGAAAGCACAAGCCUUGAAGAAAAAGAGAGACAGAUCGUCCAUUUUGGUGCUUGAGAAAAUGUGGGCCAACGAACUCCAGUCCUUGUUCAAGCACGUGGAGGGUGCCUCCAAGUACAUCCAACCGUUGCCAGGAAGACACGUAAUAGCAGAGAGUGGGAGAUGGCAAGAAAUCAAUGCUGGUACAUGGAAACCAAUCAAACCCACUCACUUAUUUAUCCUCAAUGAUUUGUUGUUAAUGGCCACCAAGAAGAGUGCCCAUGAAGGCGGACCAUCCACUAAGUCUAGGUUACAAGCAGUACAAUGUUUGCCAUUGAGUCAGGUGGAGCUCAUUCAAAUACAGCCACCAUCAGCCAAGAGCGAUGAUAACAAGUCAUAUCUCAUCAACAUUAAAUCAAAAUCACUCAGUUAUGUGUAUCAAACAGACAGAUUUGACCAUUUCCUCAAAAUUACAGAAGCAUACAACAAAGGAAGGAACGAGUUGGUACAGCAGGAAAGACUCAUGAAGGUAGGAAAGACUGCGCAGGCAGAUUCAGUAGACACCAAUGAUGAAAAGAGACAGUUGAGAGAAUCUUAUAGGAACUCUGGGUCCAUGGAGCCCAUUGAUGACACUGGAAAGAGAUCAAGUGGUAACUGGAGAAAUAGCGGUGAUGGUGUUUUGCAAGAUAUAUCUGCCAGGGUACAUUCUAGAAACAGAUCUCAUGAUUACGGAAAGAAAAAGAUAGUAAAUGACAAGGGUCAUUUCUUCAACGACUUGAAGAAUUUGGAAGACAAACUUGACGAUGUGGAUGUGGAAAUAGCCCAUAACCAGUAUGACCAGGCAGUAGGGUUCUUGGGCCACAUCGAAGGCAAGUUGAAGAGCAUUGAAUCGGCAAUCACUAACAACUCUGCCAAUAAUACCAAGGCUUCUAGCGAAGAAGUCAAAUUGCUUAUUGAUGUGAUCAAGUUGAAAAUCAAUAACAGAAAGGUCAAGGUCCAACAAGGGUUAAUCUUUGACUUGCAGCACAAGAUCGCCAAGCUUACUGAGGACGAGAUCGAGAGUAUCAUUGUCUACUUUGAAAGUUUCAAUCAACUUGAGAAAGGUAUCUCAUCCUAUUUGAGUGCUAUGUCCAAUCAUUUAUCUACAACUGUCACCAGAUUGAUCGUGGGUGUGCAGGGAUCUACCAAAAUAGAUGUGGUCAACUAUCUUUCCAAUUUAGUGGUGGUGAAUAUCUCCGUGAUCAAGAGAGCGGUUUUGGUGUACAAUCGCAAGAUUACUCCUAUAAUGAAGAAAAAUGGCAAUGAUAAGGUCGAUUCAAGUGGUUUGAUUAAUUGGUGUGUCGACGAAAUUACCAAGUUAGUGGCCCAGUUGAAAAAGCAUCUUUUUGGCACUUUGUUGUCGUCUGUGGGUACCAAUCCCGACACUGACCAGCCAAUAUUAAAGGUCAAAGACAAGGUUUUGUUCCAGGAUUUCCUCGAUGUUAUAAUACCUCAAUUGGACGAGCUCAAGACGGUUGGUGUGAAUGUGGAUUUCGUAUUUGAAGAGAUACUUGUAUUACAGGAAAAUGAAGAAUAA